UUACCGUUUGCUUAAGUCAAUAUCACUCCUCGCUCUACAGUGACAUCAUGCCUCAUGAAUGGACAAUUAAACUUUGAAGGCGUUUAUUUCGCACAGCAGGUUGCACUGAGCAAACUUGGGUGAUUUUUUGCCACUGAGAUUGCUUUGGAAGCAAAUAAUAUAAGGAUCACAUUUCUAAUCAUAAUAUAUUUCUCACGACGCGACGCGAUAUCGACGCAGGUCUGGUUCCAAUCUCUGGAUGUUUGAGAAUUCAGAACUGAGCAAGUAAGCAAGCAUCUGAGCAUGGCAUGGCCUGCGCCUGUAAAUCCAGCAAAUUUCCUGAAGAUAAUUUCACAUUUUAUUUGAGUUGAUGGAAAAAAAGACAUAUGGGAAACCCCUGGUCCAAGAAAUCUGCUAAGAUGGCUGCUGCUGCAGAAGACACUGAUUCAACAGAUGAUCCGGACUCCGCGGAAGACACUGAUUCAACAAAUGAUCCGGACUCCUCGGAAGAAAAUGUAUCCACCAUGGAUGAGAAGCGAAUUCAACAUAAGCCUGUGGCCCUCACGUUUGCCGAUACCAGUAACCAGCCUACAGAGCAGGAUGGAGAGGGCUGUUCCUAUUGGUAUCCCAGCAAAAGGAAGACGUACCAGAGGCAUGAGGAUAGAGACGAGGAUGAGAAAGCUUUAGAGCUGAGUCGCCAAGAAAUGCAAGUGACAUCGGUAACAAACCCAACCAGUGAUAUCAUCAUCAGCGAUAGUGAGAUCGAAGGAGAUGACAGGGUCCAGACCAACAAUGGAGUCUGGGGAGGAGAGAGUGACAAGGACUCCUCUGGCCUUGAGGAUGUUGGUUUGGGCAUCCAUGGUGAGGCUCAGGCUCAGGUGAGCGGUAGAUGCGAUGCAUCUCAUGAGAACAGCUGUCUGUCUGGUGCUGGAAGCAGUGAUGGAGAGGAUAGCGAUGUCAAUGAUAUCAGUCACGAGGAGAAUGAGAGGGACGUGGCAGCUGAUGCUAGUGGUCCUGUGGCGGAUGAUGUCGAUGAAGAGGGUUAUGGGGAUGAGGAAGAUUCAUCUGCUGGUUCUUCCAUCUUGCUCCAGUCAGAUGAGGAGGUUGAUAACAUUUCAUCGCAGGAGAUAACAGCUUGCCAGCCGCCCCAUGCCUCUAGCAGUUGCUCUACUCAAUCCAGCGAAAAGGCCAUCACUAAAGUAGGCCCUCUGGAGGACCGUAACGCGGUAAAUCCGGAGGAAAGCAUCGAUAUCUUUGAUGUGACGGAAGACCAGGAUGAGCUUGCACAAGAACUGGGUGUUGAUAGUCAGAAGUCCUAUCAGGGAUUUGAGAAAGCUUUAGAGCUGAGUCGCCAAGAAAUGCAAGUCACAUCGGUAACAAACCCAACCAGUGAUAUCAUCAUCAGCGAUAGUGAGAUCGAAGGAGAUGACAGGGUCGAGACCAACAAUGGAGUCUGGGGAGGAGAGAGUGACAAGGACUCCUCUGGCCUUGAGGAUGUUGGUUUGGGCAUCCAUGGUGAGGCUCAGGCUCAGGUGAGCGGUAGACGUGAUGCAUCUCAUGAGAACAGCUGUCUGUCUGGUGCUGGAAGCAGUGAUGGAGAGGAUAGCGAUGUCACUGAUAUCAGUCACAAGGAGAAUGAGAGGGACAUGGCAGCUGAAGCCAGUGAUCCUGUGGCGGAUGAUGUCGAUGAAGAGGAUUUUGGGGAUGAUGAAGUUUCAUCUGCUGGUUCUUCCAUCUUGCUCCUGUCAGAUGAGGAGGUUGAUAACAUUCCAUCGCAGGAGAUAACAGCUUGCCAACCGGCCCAUGCCUCUAGCAGUUGCCCUACUCAAUCCAGCAAAAAGGCCAUCGCUAAAGUAGGCCCUCUGGAGGACAUUAACACGGUAACUCCGGAGGGAAGCAUCGAUAUCCUUGAUGUGAUGGAAGACCAGGAUGAGCUUGCACAAGAAAUGUAUGUUGAUAGUCAGAAGUCCUAUCAGGGAUAUGAGAAAACAAGAGUGAAGAUGGAGAGUCCUCAGCCAUCGUCCCCAAGGCUCAAGGUGGCCAACAAUACAAGGACACAUGCAACCAUUGUUGCAGAGAGUGCUUCAGGGGUAUUACCUACUGUGCCCAAUAAUGGUGGGAGACAUUCAAUGUCCAGAGUUGACCAACACAAAGAGGCAGCUGCCUCUGAGACUGUAUCAUCUGGAAUCCCUACCUCAAGGACAGGAGUCUUGCCGAGAAGCGGAUGUCACAAACCAAAGUCCUGUAAUCCACCAGAACCAUUGGACUUCAGUUAUCAGAAAAAGACGCAGAAGAAGAAGUGUAGCCAUGGCAACCGUUAUUCUCUAACCGAGGCUCUCUCACUGACGAAGGAUUAUUUGAGUCAGUCAACAUGGGAUGAUGGGAUAGAUGAUCAAGAUCAUCUAGAAUUGGAUCUUCCCAUAGCAGCAUCUCAGGCUGGUACCGAUGAUAUCUUCCUGGGUAUGGUUCCUGGUAGUAUUGAGGGUCUUCACUACCAUACUGGCAAGGUCAGUGAUCAUGAGAUGGUGUCACUUGUUCGAGAACCUCUAAACAGAUACCUUAAGAACGCUAUGAAGGUAGAGAACGCUUGGGGAGAUCAAGUUGGACACAUCAAGAGAGAGUUAGCUGAAGUAUUAUCAUACAUCUUGGACAACAACUAUGCUAGAAUUGAAGGUGUUGUACCAAGCGGAAAUAAGAACACACAUGUACACAGUAUGCCUGUGGAUAUCUCCCUGUAUGGACCUCGAUGUAACCAAAUGACAGUCCUUCAGAUACUGAAAGGCAGAGGCCACACUGUGAGCAUGGUUGAGAGCAAGAAAUCCUCCAUCUACAAUCCUAGAAAUGCCCUGGGCAAGUCGGUGAUGCUGUCAGAGACAGAGAUGAAGAAUGAAGUGGAUACCCUUUUUGACAAUCUCAAAUUAACUGAGCAAGAACCAAGCAAGUGCAUUGUUAGUACAAUGUACCCACAUCAGAAGCAAGCCCUACAUUGGAUGUUAGCCAGAGAGAGUAAUGAUAAGCCAGCUACACCAUCUGGUCUGUACCACAACUCACUAACAAACUUCACGAGUGCCAAGCGACCUGACAGUGUGCGUGGUGGUAUACUAGCAGAUGAUAUGGGGUUAGGGAAGACUUUGUCCAUCAUAUCACUCAUCCUACAUGAGUUUGCAAAGCCAGAAUUUGUUGACCUCCCUCCAUCUUUACCGAGCUUACCUGAGAAAGAUGAGGUGGAUUGCAACGAGCCUUCGACCAGUCAGGUUAAGCAGGAAGUUGAAGAUGAUGUGGUGCUUAUUGAGGAUUCUCAGGAGUUUCCCAUCGUUUCUGAGGAGGUGAUUGUUAUAGAUGAUGACAGUCACAGCUCAGACAAUGACACCACAAUUGUGAUAAAAGCUGAUUCACCUACCAUCCCAAGUUCCUCAAACUCUACAAGAGUUACAGCUAAUGGGAGACUCGAGAGGGACCAGGCACAGUUUGAAGAGGACAGGCUUGAGAGAGAAAGACGAGUCUCUGCAUUGAUGGAAGAGAAGAGAGAUCUGGAAGCUCAGAAGCAGAAUGUUGCCAGGGAGAUUGACCAGUUUGCUGUCAACAGUGCUAGAGAGCAGAAUUACGGAUUGCAAUCCAAAGAUAGUGAGCUAACUCAAGCGGUAACUGCUGGGAAGAGAAGACUAGAGAACCUUGAAGGAAGCAGCAAGAAAAGGCUGAAGCUGUAUGCGGACUACAUGCCAAACUUACUGGCAGAGAUUGACCGGUGUACUGCUAACAAUCAGUUCCACCAGAAACCCCUUGGUCCUGUGGGAUCAUUCUUAAAGCUGACGGAUGUUCGUUGGGCGCUUGGUGUGGAAUCUUGCUUGAAACGAUUGAUGUAUUCCUUCCGUUGUCAUGAUGACCAUGAUGCUAGUGUUCUCAAGGAGAUCAUGAAUCGUCUCAUCCCACAGAAUACUCCUCAACCCUCUAUCAUUACUUCAAUGUUUGAGGCAAACCGGUAUGACAUCCGUAGUUCAUCUGUACAGAGUAACGACUUCCCCGGCUUUCUAGAUAUCGUUGAUGUCAGCAAUUCAGUAAUCUUCAACACUCUUGUCAAUCAGCGUGGUGUAGAGAGCAUCUUAUUGAUUGAGAAAUUAAGCAAGGAUGUCCGGAAUUCCCUGAGACAGCCCCCUAAGAACUGCAGAGAGGCUUUCACUCUAGAAGGUGAUCAGGUUUAUGCUGGUGCUGAGCAGCGCUACUACACGUCCAUGCAGAAAAGCGCAAAGAUUCUCCGGGGAGACACCGACAACGAGAUCAGGGACCAGGCACAGUUUGAAGAGGAGAGGCUUGAGAAAGAAAGACAAGUCUCUGCAUUGAUGGAAGAGAAGAGAGAUCUGGAAGCUCAGAAGCAGAAUGCUGCCAGGGAGAUUGACCAGUUUGCUGUCAACAGUGCUAGAGAGCAGAAUUACGGACUGCAAUCCACAGAUAGUGCGCUAACUCCAGCCGUAACUGCUGAGAAGAGAAGACUAGAUAACCUUGAAGGAAGCAGAAAGAAAAGGCUGAAGCUGUACGCGGACUACAUGCCUAACUUACUGGCAGAGAUUGACCAAUGUACUGCUAACAAUCAGUUCCACCAGAAACCCCUUGGUCCUGUGGGAUCAUUCUUAAAGCUGAAGGAUGUUCGUUGGGCGCUUGGUGUGGAAUCUUGCUUGAAACGAUUGAUAUAUUCCUUCCGUUGUCAUGACCAGCAUGAUGCUAGUAUCCUCAAGGACAUCAUGAAUCGUCUCAUCCCACAGAAUGCUACUCAACCCUCUAUCAUUACUUCAAAGUUUGAGGCAAACCGGUAUGACAUCCGUAGUUCAUCUGUACAGAGUAACGACUUCCCCGGCUUUCUAGAUAUCGUUGAUGUCAGCAAUUCAGUAAUCUUCAACACUCUUGUCAAUCAGCGUGGUGUAGAGAGCAUCUUAUUGAUUGAGAAAUUAAGCAAGGAUGUCCGGAAUUCCCUGAGACAGCCCCCUAAGAACUGCAGAGAGGCUUUCACUCUAGAAGGUGAUCAGGUUUAUGCUGGUGCUGAGCAGCGCUACUACACGUCCAUGCAGAAAAGCGCAAAGAUUCUCCGGGGAGACACCGACAACGAGAUCAGGGACCAGGCACAGUUUGAAGAGGAGAGGCUUGAGAAAGAAAGACAAGUCUCUGCAUUGAUGGAAGAGAAGAGAGAUCUGGAAGCUCAGAAGCAGAAUGCUGCCAGGGAGAUUGACCAGUUUGCUGUCAACAGUGCUAGAGAGCAGAAUUACGGACUGCAAUCCACAGAUAGUGAGCUAACUCCAGCCGUAACUGCUGAGAAGAGAAGACUAGAUAACCUUGAAGGAAGCAGAAAGAAAAGGCUGAAGCUGUACGCGGACUACAUGCCUAACUUACUAGCAGAGAUUGACCGAUGUACUGCUAACAAUCAGUUCCACCAGAAACCCCUUGGUCCUGUGGGAUCAUUCUUAAAGCUGAAGGAUGUUCGUUGGGCGCUUGGUGUGGAAUCUUGCUUGAAACGAUUGAUAUAUUCCUUCCGUUGUCAUGACCAGCAUGAUGUUAGUAUCCUCAAGGAGAUCAUGAAUCGUCUCAUCCCACAGAAUGCUACUCAACCCUCUAUCAUUACUUCAAAGUUUGAGGCAAACCGGUAUGACAUCCGUAGUUCAUCUGUACAGAGUAACGACUUCCCCAGCUUUCUAGAUAUCGUUGAUGUCAGCAAUCCAGUAAUCUUCAACACUCUUGUCAAUCAGCGUGGUGUAGAGACCAUCUUAUUGAUUGAGAAAUUAAGCAAGGAGGUCCGGAAUUCCCUGAGACAGCCCCCUAGGAACUGCAGAGAGGCUUUCACUCUAGAAGGUGAUCAGGUUUAUGCUGGUGCUGUGCAGCGCUACUACUCGUCCAUGCAGAGAAGCCCAAAGAUUCUCCGGGGAGACACUGACAACGAAAUCAGGGCAAGUGCUGCCAAUAUAAAGUUCAUAUUCAAUGAUGAUUCAGAUGACAAUCCAUCCCCUGAAAAGAAAGCUAAAAUGAAGCUGCCCAAAAUGGCCACAGCACCCAAGGUGAAAGGACCUAGCCAACCAGUAGCCUCACUCCCUGGCCCAUGCCCACCAAUCAACUCCAUGGUGCCUUUUAAACUCAGCUCUCAUUGGUUUAGUAAACCAAUGAAGGCUGAGGUUAGUAAACCAAUGAAAGCUGAGGUUAGUAAACCAAUGAAAGCUGAGGUUAAAGGUCACCGUGGACAUGGAGAUGCUGCCAAACCACGCACUACUCUCAUAGUUUGCCCGCUGUCGGUUAUGUCAAAUUGGAUUGAUCAACUCAAUGAACAUGUAGCAGAUGAAGUGCAGGUGAAUGUAUGUAUGUAUCAUGGAGCAGAAAAGAAGAAAUUGACGGUUGAUUAUCUAAAACAACAAGAUGUCGUCAUCACUACAUACGGUACUUUGGCUGCAGAGUUUAAAGCGAAGCAGGAGAAGGGUACCCUUCAGAAGAUUGAAUGGCUGCGUAUCGUGCUGGAUGAAGCUCAUAUAAUCCGUAACCGUCGUACUCUACAAGCACAAGCGGCUAUCGCUCUCAAAGCACAAUGCAAAUGGGCUUUAACAGGUACCCCAAUCCAGAACAGUAUUAAAGACCUGUGGACUCUGGUAGCAUUCCUUGGUAUGGAACACGAACCAUUCGAUCCUAAUCUUAACAGGUGGCAAUUGAGGAAAGCUAGAUCCAUUGCUGACAAUGACUCUGCUGGCAUAGGUCGACUUCGUAAGUUGAUGAACACCCUUGCUCUGCGUCGUAUGAAGUCUCAGAAGGUGAAUGGUAAACCCUUGGUGGAUCUACCAGCUCGUAACGUAGUACUUCAAUAUGUAGACUUCUCAGAGGAUGAGAAGAAGGUCUAUCAGACCUACGAGAAGGAGGGUAGACUGGCUGUAAGCAAAUAUUUUCGGGAAGGCACCGUUCUAGAUCACUACGGUGAAAUUCUAGUCAUCAUUUUGAGACUGAGGCAGCUGUGUUGUCAUCCAGCAUUAUGUGCUAAGGCCGCUGCUAAGCUUUGUCAAGCUAUUGAUGGUAAUGAGAGGACAGAUGAAGAGAAAGCUCAGUUGGUAGCAAUCUUGGUAUCGUUCCUCAGUCAAGGAGCUGAUGAGGAGUGCUGUAUCUGCCUGGAGUCUGUGCAAGAUCCUGUGGUCACAAGAUGUGCCCAUGUCUUCUGUCAGAGAUGUAUUGAAGAGGUCAUCAUCUCGGAGAAGGAACGUGCUUGCUGCCCUCUAUGCCGGCAAGCAAUAAGCAGAGAGUCACUGGUCCAUGUUCCGAAGGAUAGAUUAGAUGCUGAGAAGGGAAACACAGACAGAGAGUGGCAUUCUAGUGCUAAGGUUGAUGCUCUUAUGGAGUGCUUGCUGACUGAGAGGGCAGCAGACAAGACGACCAAGAGUAUUGUUGUUUCUCAGUUCACCUCAUUUCUUGACGUGCUGGUGAAACCUCUCACUGAGAAAGGUUUCAAGUUCAGCCGUCUUGAUGGUUCAAUGUCGAGGAUUGCCCGUACGGCAGCAAUAAGAGAGUUCAGCAGCAAUGAUCCAGAUUCCUCUCAAAUCUUCUUGCUAUCUCUCAAGGCUGGAGGGGUCGGACUGAACCUGACUGCAGCUUCUAGGCUAUAUCUACUAGACCCUGCUUGGAACCCCGCAUGUGAAGAGCAGAGCUUUGACCGAUGUCAUCGUCUAGGACAGACCAAAGAUGUCACCAUUACCAAGUUUUUGGUGCAUGAGAGCAUAGAAGAACCCAUGCUGAAAAUCCAGGAGUUCAAGAGACAGCUGAUGAAGCAAGUGUUCGGCGGCAAGAACCAAACACCGGAAGAAAGGAGAAUGAACAGAAUCAGAGAUGUCAGGAUACUCUUUGGAAUGGAUAAGACCAACAGUAGGAAGCGAGAGAGAAAAAUGUAAGAAGAAAGAGAGGAAUCGUGACGGCAGAGUGAGAAUAGAGUAGAAUAUGUUAAAAGAGAUGAGAGAAAAAUUAUGAUGGUAAUGGGUCAUAACGCAGUAGUAGAUUCUAAGUAGAUUGCAAGAGAAAAGAUGAAAGAGAGGAAUUGUGCCGGCAGUGUGAGAAAAAAAGGAUGUAUUAGAAGGGAUGAGAGAGAAAUUAUGAUGGGGGGGGGGGGGGAAGGACACAACAUUUGGUUCUGAGAAGAGGGAUGAAAAAGAUGAAUAUUGACGGUAAUGGGUUAGCACAGAAGUAGAUUCUUAGAGAAGGGACGAAAGACAGGAACUUUGAUAGCAAUAGGGAGAAUACCACAGUAUAAUGCAAGAGCAGAUAUGAAUGCAGGGACAAUGGGGGGAUACAAAUUAUUCUUAGCUAAGGAGUGAAAGAGAUGAGCAGUGAUCGAAAUGGGAGAUACAACUAGGGGAGAAGGGACUAGAGACAGGGAGAGAGAGAGAAAGAGAGGGACGGGGAGAGAGUGAGAGAAAAAGAGGGAGAGAAUUAGGGGGUGGGAGGGGGCAAUGAAAGUAGAGGUUGCAACCAUUAGCAUAUUCAUGUGAUAAGAGUAAGGCUAGGAAUUCAGUAGUAACCAAUAUGAUAAAGACUAGAAAAGGUGGAAGAGUUCUGGGGCCGUAAUCCAUAAACUGUUUUGUCGUUUAUAUGUCAGGGAAAAUUAUGUUAAUUGUCAUAACUAACACUUACAUGUACCAUUGGUGUUUGCGUAGAUGCAUGUAUCUCUUGUAACCUUACGCGAUUGCAGCCAGAUUUGCACAGACAUUAACAGAUGGCUUGUCCUAAGUUUGAUUUGUUAUGACAAAUAACAUUGUUUUACUAGCAUGAAAUACAACAACGUUUACAGAAUACCAUCCCAUGUCACUUAACCACUUCAAUGCUGUGGCCGGCAAAUCCUGCCCAAGAGCAGUGUUGAUCAAUGUUUAUGGACUAAAAAUGGCUUCAUUUUCUCUCUGCAAACAAAACGGGAACAGUAAACACCAUUGUGAAAUUUAUUCCCUUUGAAUAAAUUAGUGCCUUCUAAAACAGUGAAACAAACUAUUUCAAGUCCAAAUCUGACUCUGGAAAGUUCAUUUGAGCUAUUUGUUCAAAGACUUGUU